CUAUGAGCAGCGUAUUCUUAAAUUGGUGGUUUUCUUAAUGGAGUUCUGUAUGUGGCUGAGGCGCGACAUGUGUCGGUUCACUGCAGAUUCCUCGUGGUCUGGAGGACACAAGUCAGCAGACAGGCACGGAGCUGGAGGACAUGGAGUAUUUUAAAACGGUUGACAGAAAUGAAAACUGAAGAUUUAUUCUGAGAGUGAAAACUGCAGAAAUGGAUUUAUUCAAGCAGCAGAAGGUGGAGGACUUCUAUGAGAUCGGUGAGGAGCUGGGGAGUGGACAGUUUGCCAUCGUGAAGCAGUGCAGAGAGAAGGUCUCCGGUCUGGAGUUCGCCGCCAAGUUCAUAAAGAAGCGUCAGAGCAUCGCCAGCUCUCGAGGCGUUCGGCGGGAGGAGAUCGAGCGGGAGGUGGACAUCCUGCAGCAGAUCCAGCACCCCAACAUCGUGACGCUGCACGACGUCUACGAGAACCGGACCGACGUGGUUCUGAUCCUGGAGCUGGUCUCCGGCGGCGAGCUGUUCGACUUCUUGGCCCAGAAGGAGUCUCUGAGCGAGGAGGAGGCCACUCAGUUCAUCAAGCAGAUCCUGGAGGGAGUCAACUACCUCCACUCCAGGAAGAUCGCCCACUUCGAUCUCAAGCCGGAGAACAUCAUGCUGCUGGACAAGAACGUUCCGCUGCCCAGAAUCAAACUCAUCGACUUCGGUCUCGCUCAUAAAAUCGAAGCCGGAGUCGAAUUCAAAAACAUCUUCGGGACUCCAGAGUUUGUAGCUCCAGAGAUCGUGAACUACGAGCCGCUGGGUCUGGAGGCCGACAUGUGGAGCAUCGGGGUCAUCACCUACAUCCUGCUCAGCGGAGCUUCUCCUUUCCUGGGAGAAACCAAACAGGACACUCUGGGAAACAUCUCGGCCAUAAACUACGAGUUCGACGAGGAGUUCUUCUGCCACACCAGCGACCUGGCCAAGAAGUUCAUCAGCCAGCUGCUGGAGAAGGACAAGAAGAAGAGAUUAACCAUCCAGGACGCUCUGAACCACCCGUGGAUCAAGUCCAACGAGCACAAAGAGGAAAAUAAAUCCCUCGAGCCGAAGAAGCGCGAGCGUCGCCAGCUGAAGACGAAGCGUCUCCGGGAGUACACCAUCAAGUCCCACUCCAGCAUGCCGCCCAACAACACCUACGUGAACUUCGAGCGCUUCGCUCAGGUGGUGGAGGACAUCGACCAGAUGGAGAGCUCCUUCGUCAGCCUGGCCACGGCCCACGACUCCCUGCAGGAGGACAUCGACGCCAUGGUGUCCAUUUACAACGACAAGGAGGCCUGGUACCGGGAGGAGAGCGAGGGCGUCCGCCACGAGCUCUCCCAGAUCCGCUACGAGUUCCGUAAGGUGGAGGCGCUGAAGAGGAGCCUGCAGGACGACAUGCAGGCCUUCGGCUGCAGCCUCAGCGCCGUCAGCGACCGCUACCAGGAGAGGCAGAACCACUUCGACGCCCUGCGAGUGGAGCUCAGCAACGAGCUGAGGUGGGUGCAGGAGGUGAUGGGGUCCUUUCCCCUGGACGGAGGUGGCGGAGGUUACCCCAACUGCAGCUUCUCCACCGUCUUCAACAACGACGUGAACGAAGCCCUGAAGGAGCUGCUGAACAGAAGCUGUGGAGGAGAGCUGCUGUCCGGGAUCAACCUGGACUUCACCGAGACGGGACAGCAGAGAUGAACCCGACACCCGGCAGAGACUCAGAUACAGGACGACAAAAAGUGUUCACCCCCCUUGGAAGUUUUCAGAGUCACAGGAGUCUUGGUGGCCUCCUUCACUAGUCUCCUUCUUGGUCGGUCACUCAGUCUUUGAGGACGUUCUGCUCUAGUCAGAUCUACUCAUGUUCCAUGUUCCUUCCAUUAAUGAUGGACUUUACUGGACUCCAGGAGAUACUCGGUAGCGUAGAGGUUUCUUGUGUCCGUCUCCUGACUUCUGCUUUUCAAUUAGUGUCCUGGAUGGAGCAGGUUGUCCUCAAAACCUGAGUGACUGUAUAAGACAGAGACUAGAGAGGGAGGCCAUCAAGAAGACAUGUGGAGACUCUCAAGUCACCUGGAAGAAGGU